AUGCAACCUAUUCCAUUGUUCCCAGUUAUAGCGGCGUACUGUAACGGACUGCUAGUUCAAGUUUUCGAUGUUUACUGUCAUUAUCUCAUGGUUAGCUGGACAUGUCUCAUGGUAUCCCAGAUCUCUACUCUUGUAUGGUGCUUUGCACUGAAACAUCGAACUAUCGGAAAAGUGACAAGUCGAAGAAUCUUUUCGAGAAAUGUUUACAUUAUUGGCGGUACUUAUUCUGUGUUAACUCCAAUUUUCACAUUUUUGACCACUUAUGAAACAGGGAUAAAUAGGAAGGUACAGAUGGAAUAUGUUGCUGAGCACUACCCAGUGUACUUCCAAAACUUUCGAAAUCUCAAAAACUUUUCCAUUUAUGAAAUCGACGGAUGGUUUGUAAUCGUCCUGAUUAUUUCUACAAGUGGCGCAUUUUUCUCCGCAUUCACUUUCACAUUCACUACAAUUGACAUGUUCAAAAUGCUUCGAGGACUCAAAAAGAAAGUUUCCGGAAAAAGUUUUCGUAGGUAUCAGAUGGCUGUAAAAAGCGUCUUGGCUCAAUUCUCUGUGUCAUCUUUGUGUCUUGCUCCUCCGUUCGCUCUGAUGAUUCUUGCGGUUGGAAAGUUUGAAAAUGGACAGAUCUUGGUACAAAUAGCUUUUGCAAUUGCAUCUCUUCAUUCUUCAAUCAAUGCGAUUGUUUUGAUUGUGACUACACUUCCAUAUCGUCAGUUCGUACUUCGGUGA